AUGGUCAACGAAUCUGGUAAACGAUCUUCAAAUUCCAAGUCGGAGGGGUUCAAGCCCAAGCGACCUCGUCCUUCCGACUCAUCCACCACAACGUCAAAGCCCAAUACCGCCCCUCGUCCCGUUCCAUCUUUCUUGUCUAGCUUACAAAAUGAGGAGACGGACUUUCCAAGAGGAGGAGGUACAACCCUCACUGCUCUUGAGCUCAAGCAAACAUUGCAGGAAGGUCGUCGUGAGGCUGACGCAGAGGUGCAGGCUGAAGUAUGUCAAAUCUCUUUUUGUAUUGGCCAGGCAUCUGAUACUCAGUCGUCUACGGCUGCUGUUAAACGUAAUGGUCAUCAGGUUAGUGAACGUCAAAUCAAGCUGGAAGAACUCAGCUAUAAAAGACUUACAGAAGGGAUGAGAAUCCUUACAAGGAUACAUACCGUACUACCACUCCAUCUCAUUGUUUCACUUCCCAAUAAUUUGCUCGCUCAUGUACCCAUCACCGAAAUUUCCACUACCCUUACUCGUCUUCUAUCUGCGGAGGAAGCCAUGUCUGUAUCAGAGGACGAAGAGGAAGAGGACUCAUCAUCCGCACCUGACCUCGGUAGUCUUUUCACCCCGGGACAAUACUUUCCUGCCAAAGUAUUGACCGUAUUCCCAACUGCAAGUCAAUCUUUCGCCUCUCAGUAUCCACCAUCCGAAACUACGAGAUUGGCCGCUAGGGUAGAAAUGACUCUGGUACCUGAAAAGGUCAACUCGGAUGUGGCCAGUGUAGAUCUAAGUCCCGGUUAUGCAGUGACCGGAGAGGUCAUAUCGGAGGAAGAUAAGGGUUGGCGUGUGAAGUUCGUGGCGGAAAGUUCUGACAAUGUGGUCGAAGGAUGGUUAAGCAAAGCCGAAGCGGAGAAGAAUAAUUUCCACAUUGUGGUCGGCCAAUUGCUCCCUUGCACUAUCAGCGCCUCUUCAGCGGGAGGACGAGUCGUUCAACUUUCUCUCGACCAUCAAACCCUUGUCCGUUCAGAGCAGAAGGCUGUUUCAGAAGUGGGCUCGCUAUUACCUGGGCAUCUGGUGAUCGCUCUGAUCACUGCUGUCGUUCCCAGUGGUCUCAACGUCAAGAUCUCUGGGUUCUACGACGGGACCAUCGAAGUAGCCCAUCUGCCGUUGGGUGACUCUGAUAUCGACGACAAGUACAAGGUCGGCAAGAAGGUGCAGGCGAGGGUCAUCUAUGAAGCUAAUUCUCAUGAUCCUCGUCACUUUUCACUAUCCGCGCUACCUCAUAUAAUCACAUUCUCGAGCCCGACAACAAAGACCGGCAUUCCUCUGGAACAGGGUGUCGAAAUAGGACGGGUGUUUGACUCUCUCAAGGUCGUGAGGAUCAUCCCAGAAUGGGGCGUCAUUUGUCGGACGGAUGAUGGACUAGAUGGCUUUGUUCACAUCAGUCACUUGUCUGACGAAAGGCUACCUGCUUUGAACUCCGGUACAGCUGAAUUCAGAGCUGGGACCGUGCAUCGAGGACGUGUCAUCGGACAUUCGCCCCUUGACGGUGUUCUGCUUUUCAGUUUCGAGCGGAAGAUCAUCAACCAAGUUUUCAUGCAGGUGAACGAACUUCAAGUAGGACAAGUCCUCAAGGGAACGAUUCAACGUCUCACCGAUCAGAUGCUUUUUGUCAAUAUAAAUGGCUCCGUCGACGGAAUUGUUCGGCCUUUGCAUUACGCCGACAUUGUACUGAAGCACCCUGAGAAGAGGUUCAGACCGGGGUCGACUGUCCGAGCUCGAGUUUUCUCCCUGGAUCCGGCUCGCAAUCGGGUCGUCUUGACGCUCAAGAGGACCCUCAUAGAUUCUCCCCUGGACAUUCCCACCAAGUUCGAGAAUGUGAGAAAAGGUCAGCUCAUCCCUGCGGUCAUCUCCAAAAUCCUGGAUAAAGGCUGUUUAGUGGAUCUUUUCGGCGAUAUGAAGGCUUUCUUGCCUCAAUCCGAAGCGAGUGAAGCUGUGGUGGCCAACAUCGCCGAGAUAUUCUACAUCGGAAAACCCGUCAAUGUCCGUGUCAUCGAUCUCACUCCCGAAUCGCAACGGAUCUUCGUAUCCGUUCGACAAGCUAAGUUUGAUCCAGUCUCUGAAGUGCCCGUGAAAGUCGGUGAAAUCGUCAAUGGGAUCGCCACCGAAAUCCACCCUGCUCAGAUUCUCGUCACCCUCACUCCUAGUCGACAUCCCGCUCUGCUCUCUCUGCGCAGUCUGGCAAUACAGCGCAAAAUGACUGACGACGAGCUCCGGUCGAACCUCAAAGUCGGCGAAAAAGUCGACGGUUUGAGGGUGGUAUCGAAGAACCCCACCACCGGACUUCUUAUUGUCGCUUAUACAACUCGCGGGGGCGGGGUCGUUUCGGUUUCCAAUACGACGGCAGCGUUAGAAGAAAGCGACAUACAACCUGGGCAAAUAAUAUCUGGCCGAGUGGCUUCCUACACGCCUGUAGGAACGAUCAUUCAGCUCGGUCAUAGUGUGAGGGGAGUGGUACAUCCUUGUGACGCCUCGGAUGACUUUGCCGAGAUCGCAGAGGGCGAUGGGCCCUUACGAGUCGGGGAAGAGAUCAAGGCUUAUGUUCUGGCUAUCGAUCCAAUUAGCAAAGCUGUUCAACUUUCCACAAGAGUAUCCAGAGCUCAUCCCGACCAGGCGACAGAGAGCAUUGAUCCAGAGGUGGAAAGAGUGGGAGAAUUGCAGUCAGGGCAGAGCAUCAGAGGAUUGGUAAAGCAUGUUGCUGCCCAUGGACUUUUUGUGGCUCUAGGAAGGACAGUUACCGCACGUGUAAUGAUUCGCGAGCUGUUCGAUGAUUUUGUCAAAGAAUGGGAAUCACACUUCCACGUCAAUCAAUUGGUAUCUGGGAAAAUCUUGAGUGUGGAUGAACAGCGUAAUCAAGUCGAGAUGACUUUGCGUCAAGAUUCAACUGUGAGACAUAAACGUGAAGCUCAAUUUGGGCUCAGCGAUUUCAAAGAAGGACAAAAAGUUAUUGCUGUUGUCAAGAGGGUAGAAAGGUAUGGUAUGUUUCUGCGCAUUGAAGGUAGCGGAGUCUCAGGAUUAUGCCACAAGUCGGAAGUGAGUCACUCCUCACGAUCUGACGUCAGCGAAGCUCUGUUGGGGUUCCGGCCCGGUGACAAAGUCAAAGCGAUGAUCGUCAGUGUGAAUAGAGAGAGUGGGAAGAUUGAUUUCGGUAUCAAGGCGAGCUACUUCAACGACGACGACUUCAUGGGUCCCUCUGGAACCGGAAGUAUGUCUGCCCCAGCCAUGACCCACGGCGGGGAUGCGGAAAGUGAAUCGGAGGAGGAUGGGCUUAUGGACGAAGACGGUGACGAUGAGGAUUUGGACGUACAUGAGGCUGAGGGCUCGGAAGAACACAUUGACGUGGAUGAAAGUGUCGAAGAAGACGAUCCCAAACCAUCUCCGACGAAGGCCAACGUGGCACCUACAGCACUCCGAGUUUCUGCCGGAUUUGAUUGGUCCGGUCGAGCUCCCUCCCCUGUUCCCUCUUCGUCUUCGUCUUCUGCCUCUGAUGAAGACCUCCCAUCUUCCAGAUCGAAAUUUAAAAAAGCUGUGGCGGACGAUCUCACUUCCACUUCAGCAGACAACCAACCUUCUUCUUCAGCAGAAUUUGAACGAGCAUUAUUCGCUUCACCCAAUUCCUCAUUCUUAUGGAUUCAGUACAUGUCCUUCCAAUUACAACUUCACGAAGUGGACAAAGCUCGACGUAUAGGUAGAGAAGCUUUGGAGAAGAUCACUUAUAGAGAGGAAGGAGAGAAAUUGAACGUCUGGAUGGCAUUGAUAAAUCUUGAAUUGGGAUUUGGGACGGAGGAAAGUACGGAAAAGGUUUUCAAAAAAGCUGUACAGUAUAAUGACGCGAGGACUGUAUAUAUCAGAUAUGCUGAGGCUCUCACUGCUGCCGCUGACAUGCAGAUGACUGAGGAAAUACAUAAAAAGACAGUUAAGAAAUUUGGAGCUUUUCCAGAAUCUUGGACUAAGUUCGCUAGUUAUUAUUUGGCCAAAGGGGAUACAGCAUCAGCUAGGGCUUUGUUGCCGAGAGCAAUGAAGUCACUUGAAUCUAGUAAACACUUGGAAAUGAUAGAAAAAAUGGCAGUGCUAGAGUUCAAACAUGGUGACGCAGAACGAGGCAAAACAUUGUUCGAAGGUCUGUUAGAAAGAUAUCCCAAGAAAUUAGAUUUAUGGUCUGUGUACAUUGAUCAAUUGGCCAAAGUGAAUGAUAUUCAAGCUGUAAGAACCGCGUUUGAUCGUGCUCUCGAUCGAAAACUCAAUAGCACAAAAGCAAAGUUUUUGUUCAAGAAAUGGCUCAAUAUAGAGAUGAGGAUUGGUGAUGUUAAAGGUCAAGAGAAGGCCAAGGAGAGGGCCAGGGAAUGGGUAGCGAAUAAUGUUAAAGUGGAGAGUGAGGAGGAGGGUGACGUCUGA